GGCACUUCCGGUGCGGGCGGGGCAGGAGCGGAGUCCGCGGGCAGGAGCGGAGCCGGGCACACGGCAGGUCUCUCCAACCGACGUGCCAGGCACGUCCAAGAAGAUGGAGGCACCAACCUCAUCCAGGCUGAAUUCCCGGAAGAGAAGAAAAGAAGGCCCAGGACCCAACGGAGCAGCAGAGCUGGAUGGUAUUCCAGCAAAAAUGUCCCGCCGCGCCUUUAGUUUGCGGGAACCGGCCCCCUUCUCGGAUGAAAUUGAAAUCGAUUACAGCAAGCCAUAUGCCAGAGUGACGUUUGAGGAAGCACUGAGAGGAACCCCAUUGGAUCGGCCAGUCAGGGUCUACGCUGAUGGGAUAUUCGACUUGUUUCACUCCGGACAUGCCCGGGCUUUGAUGCAAGCUAAGAACCUCUUCCCCAACACAUACCUCAUUGUUGGAGUGUGCAGUGACGAGCUGACCCACAACUUCAAGGGCUUCACGGUGAUGAACGAAAAUGAGCGGUACGAUGCGGUACAGCACUGCCGCUACGUGGACGAGGUGGUGAGGAACGCACCAUGGACGCUCACCCCUGAGUUCCUAAAAGAGCACAGGAUCGAUUUUGUUGCCCAUGACGACAUCCCGUAUUCCUCCGCUGGCAGCGAUGAUGUCUACAAGCACAUCAAAGACGCAGGCAUGUUUGCUCCCACCCAAAGGACGGAGGGGAUCUCCACAUCGGAUAUCAUCACCCGUAUCGUGCGGGACUAUGAUGUCUAUGCCCGGCGGAACCUGCAGAGGGGCUACACGGCCAAGGAGCUCAACGUCAGCUUUAUCAAUGAGAAGAAGUACCACCUGCAGGAGCGUGUGGACAAGGUGAAGAAGCGGGUGAAGGACGUGGAGGAGAAAUCCAAGGAGUUUGUGCAGAAGGUGGAGGAGAAGAGCAUCGACCUCAUUCAGAAAUGGGAGGAGAAGUCCCGGGAGUUCAUUGGCAACUUCCUGGAGAUGUUUGGCCCUGAAGGAGCACUGAAACACAUGCUGAAGGAAGGCAAGGGCCGGAUGCUGCAGGCCAUCAGCCCCCGGCAGAGCCCCAGUAGCAGCCCAACACACGACCGGUCCCCGUCCCCCUCCUUCCGCUGGCCCUUCUCCGCCAAGACCCCGCCGGCCUCACCGGCCAACCGCACCAGGAACGAGGCCACCAUUACCUAUGACAUCAGCGAGGACGAGGAGGAUUAAGUGGCCGGCGGGGGCUGACUGCCCGUCAUGCCUCAUCCGAUCCCAACUCUAACCCCGACGGGGGCUUCACAGCUGAGCAGGAGCACGAUAGGCACAGGCGAGGCUGAUGGCAGGUGGGGGCUUUGCCUGCUCUGAGAAAGGGCUACUGCCCUGGAAGCACAUUCUCACCUCCCCACACCCCUUUUUAUUGUUUACGUCCCAGCGGUUUCCAGGGGGAAAGAUUUUAUUUAAAGAGAAAAAAAUAAGGGUAUUCUUUUAAUCACAGGCUGGCUCUAGGGCUUGCCCCUGUUAACCUCUGCUGGAUGCGGCAGGCAUGGGGAGAAGAGCUGGGGUCUCUUCUCUGACCCACCGCAGUCUUCUGUUGCCCCCCGGGUAGCAGCCGGCCUGGCUGCUGAGUCCAUUGGGUCGUGGCUGUCCGCACUCCUCAGCCUGGGAGACAGUGCCAAGAGCAGGAGUGUGGGGGAAAUGCUCUCUUUUUUUAAUUGUGUAGAGAUGUCUGUGCUGUGCCAGGAACUCCCCAGAUCUCAGAAAAGCUCUUGCUUCUCUUAGCUGUGGUUCCCAGCCUGUCCUAGUCACAUGGCACAGAGGUCUGAGCGCUCUUGCGGUGCCUCUUGUGUGGGGACAGCGCCAGGUUAGAAGACGCUGCAGGACAGAUGUGGCCGCACACUCUGUAGCAUAGCACAAACCUAGUUAGUGCAGCAUUCGCUGUUCAAAGGCUGGCUGCCGAAGCCAGGGGGAAAGGCCUUCAGGGAUUGUUUAAUCAGGCAUGUCUCUGGAAGGAUUGCUGAAUCCCAAGCUAAGAACUUUUUCUCACCCCUGCCCAGCCGUUGUGAGAAGAGCAUUAAUUUUUUUUCCAGGACACCCGCUGUGUCGUCUUGUGCAUGUGUGAGCCCAGCUAGAAGAUGCAAGCUGUUUGCUUCUGCCUUCCCCCCUCCCUCGUGUGUCUGUGUGUUUAAAUUACCGCAUGCAGAGAGGCAGGGAUCCAUCUUUCAUACCCCUGUGAUGAAGCCACAACUGUAAAAAAGCCCUUGG